GACGACUUUGAUCAUCGAUGAGAUGAGUCAGAUGAGAAUGAGACACGAUGAUAACUAUACAUUCAUGCUUAUCUUAUCGAUUAAAACUACACAUAGGUAACUUGCAGAAGUGCAUAAAAACAAGUAUGGCAGUGUGUUAGUGCUAAAAGAUAAAAGGUUAGAAAAAGUGUAUGUUCAUUUUUCCCACAGCAGCAAAAUGUAAGGGCUUACUCGAUAAGAUAUAAUAAGCGUAAGAGUAGUGGGUAAAGUGAAGUGAGUUAUCGCAGUUGACGGCUUACUAUACUUGCAAAAAGUAAAGUUAAGGACGUAAGUAAUUGCGCGUGGGAGAAAUGGAGCAGUGGUGCUAUAGGUAACUAGUGUAACUACACUACACUAACUACCACUACGAAGACGAAUACAAGCUGUAAUGAGUGAUUUGAUUGUAUAGGCUUUGCCGGCCUUGUUAUGAGUGUUAUGACUAUCCUCCUCGAAAUCAUCUGUAAAAGUACGAUGUCUGCCCGCCGUCUCCUGCUGUGCGAGAUUUGUGAGUGAGGCGGCUGAGAGAGAAACGCACGUUUAGUUAAUAGAUAAUCAUAUUGUCAUCGCCCGUGGUGACACUAAGAUGGAGGAGUCGGGCGAGAAAAAGCUUCUGUCCCGGAGACGAUCUACGGUCACCCAGCAGCCGCUUAAAGUCAAAGACGAGCGCUCGGCCACCGUUAAAAAGGUCGCCGCGAUACUCCAGAAAUCGGAGGACAACCGGACGAGCGAAGAGUGCGAGAUCCUUUUGUCCUGUGGUGAUAUCGUCAAAGAAAUCAGUCUAAGACAAGAAAAAAGGGACAAGGUAAAAGCUAGGUUAGAAGAAAUCGAAGAUGAACCAGAAUUAUUAGAAGAAAAAUGUAUUAGAUUAGCAGCAGCGAUAAGUCGAGCAACAUCUUUAACAGUUUAUACAGGUGCUGGUAUAAGCACAGCUGCAUCUAUUCCAGAUUACAGGGGAACAAAUGGAGUAUGGACCCGAAUGCAACAGGGAAAAGAUAUCGGAAACCACGAUCUCAGUCAAGCCGAGCCGACGCUUACACACAUGGCUUUGUAUGCACUUUACAAAGCUGGAAUCUUAAAGCACAUAGUUUCACAAAACUGCGAUGGCCUACAUCUACGCAGUGGAAUACCCCGAGCUUUACUUUCCGAAGUCCACGGCAACAUGUACGUCGAGGUGUGCCGCAAUUGCAAGCCUUCGCGCGAAUAUUGGAGGUUGUUUGACGUUACCGAAAAAACGGCCAGGUAUGCUCACGCAACUGGACGCACUUGUCACAAAUGUAACUCGGCACUUCAGGACUCGAUCGUCCAUUUCGGUGAACGAGGUAAUUUGUUGUGGCCAAUCAAUUGGAACGGUGCAAGCAGAGCAGCCAAACAGGCUGAUGUUAUAUUGUGUUUAGGAUCUAGUCUUAAGGUUCUUAAAAAGUACCCUUGGCUUUGGCAAAUGGACAAGCCAGUGGUAAAGCGAGCGCAGCUGUACAUCGUGAACUUGCAGUGGACACCAAAAGAUGAAAAUGCGACUUUAAAGAUAAAUGGCAAGUGCGACAAAAUCAUGAAAAUAGUCAUGUCGCAUUUGGGCAUCGAUUUCCCAGAUUAUAAUCGCGCGAAAGAUCCAAUUUUUUAUCACGCAAUUAAACUGCAAAGCAGUGAAUUGACGACGACCUCGCAACCGUGUUUAGAAGAGCCACUAAAAGAGUACAUUCAGCUGAUGAAGGAAGAUGAAGUGGACGAUGUUGUAACAGAAGAAAAAGAGGUAGUGGAGGAAGGAGUUGAUGAUAAUGACGAUGACGAUAAGAAUGAAGUAAUUGAAAAGGAAGUGGAAGAUAAUGUAUACGACUCGCAAAUAACGUUCCAAGAGCCUGUAAUGGGCUAUCCAGCUCCGUUCUUCGCUGCUCUUCCGUUCCUGUCGAUGGGCCUACCUUUCCCCCCAAUGUACAUGUACCCGCAAUUGACGCCUAUCUUUUACUAUCCAUUCCUUCCUAUGGGCCCUACAAACGCGAUUACUCAGGAUGAAGAGGAUUGUCCUCCUAAACCCAAGCCUGCUUGUGACUUUUGUAUGGAAAAUGAGGGGUCACUCACGUGUUUAUACUAUCAACGAAACGCAGAUGUUGAUGAUCUCACAGUCGACGACCUCAUGGCUGCAGAGUCGCCUAAUGGCACCGAAAACUCCGAGAAUAAGGUAACUGACGAAAAUGCUCCGGUCGCUGUCAUCCCAGCGAAAAACCCUGGCUGGUUUGGAAAAGGUUACCGCAAGGGCAUAAAGCGAAAGCGGUAGCAUCCGAUCAUGUCAGAAUGUAAAGUGGUACUUCGUUUGUUCCUCCUCUUCAGUAUCGUCAAAAUCGUCGUCUGGAUUAACAUGGUUAUAACAUUAACGACGAUAAGACAAGAGCAGCUACACUGCGGACUCCUCAUAAUCGUGUAAUGAGCUCGUAAUUGCGAUACGUAGACUCCUUUUGUAGACUUCGUAGAGCGUAGAGCGCGAGGCAUUACUUUUUGAGUAUGCGUUUUCGCAUAGCUUGUUUAAAAAGGCUAGUGUAUAGUGCUACCGUCUAUAGGGUGUUUAUUUCGUUACAAAUAUUUUUUCUCAGUUUUCACACUCCUGUAAACCGUCAUCGUUUCUUACAUUAUUGCGUGGAAUCAUUUCUUUUGGUUGUAUGUGUAGAUGAAGAUAGAUUAGAGCAGAGCAGAUUUAUAUUUUUGAUUAGCGCAAAAGUGGUCGAUGAACAAUUUACCUUGGAUGUUAGAAAACUAAUGACCAGCUUUUUCAACAGAGUUUUUUGUCUAUUUUUUAUCUAUUUAGGCUAUAUUUUUAGAAUUGUUCGUACCGAGAUCCGUACUUGCGCUCUUGAAAAAGAUAUUUUUAACCCAAUAUACAAACAACAUGCAUCUAAUUGUUUUUCAUGUACAAUGUUAGCUGAGAGUUUGAAUAUUACUAAAAUACUCAUAAAUAAUUAGGGAAAAUAUGGUAUAAAUAGAUAAGAAUAACUACUCAAAACUAAUCAAAUCUGUCCAUCUUACAAUGGAAAAUAUUUUAUAAAUAUUUUCGCCCAGAGUUUUUCUGUUAUUCUCACAACUUAUGUUUAAAAGUUUGUAAAUUAGUUCACAACAGUAUUAGCGAAAUUUCUGUCGAAUCAAAUUCCAUUAUUUCGCAGCAUUUUGAUAUUUUUAAACAUACUCACUUGAAAAUUUUCUAAAUCCAGAAAAAUAAAACUACCUGCAACACCCCCCUAAAAUAUUUAUACAUACAUAAGAAAUAUAAAUUCAUGUUAUAUACGAAUAACAAAAAUCAAGCAAAUAAUGCUGUGAGUCAUUGAGAUGAGAACAAUUCCCUCACGUAGGCUUAACAGCACCAGUAGCAAUAUUUUAACUGUGAGAUUAAACUUGUAGUUAGUAAAAAUUCAAGAUGGAAAAUGUAAAAUCUUGCCCUUUGCUAUUUAAUUUGGCUCAGUGCAUAGCAAAUCCCUUAUCCAUGUAUUAACCAAAACGAUUUAUUGUAAGUUUUGGUGUUUAAUAAUUUUGCUAAUUGUGCAACAACGUUUUUAUGAAUAUUCUCCAGCAAAAAUAUUGAAUGGAACAUGAUAAAUCCAAAUUACUUGUGAAUUACAUAGUAUAUUUUAAUCAGUUUUCAAUAAACAAAAUAAUUUAUGUAAAUCAAAGAACGAAAAUCCAAAACAAUUUUCGUAAAUUAAAAAUUUUGUUUCAAAGUUAUCAAUUGAACUUAGGCUCUGACAUACAAAAACCAAUAUAGAGAUUAUGACAUCACAAAAAUGAGCAAUUAGUAUUUUAACAUUGACUGCUUAAUUUGUUACUUUAUCGCAACAUUUAAUGUUUAUGAAAAUUUUUGAUCAGUAGAAAGUCAUAUUGUUUGUUCUGUGAUUGUUUUAAUCUGUAAUU